UUCUAAUCCCUUCUAGUCCAGGAGGAAUCGGGGAGAGGAGGCGGCACUCAGAAGAUUGAGAACAGUGUUUCUCCCUCAAGUUAAGCCCACACAUCGAUAGAAAAUGUGACUGUGAAGUGAUUGAAAAAUCCUACGAUCUUUUUACUUACAAUGAAGAGAGAGGGCAUCUCCUGCUUGGACUGGCAUACCUACCACUGAAACAGUUGGCUUAAACCUUGUUUGGAAUUCCUGGUUGCUUGUUGUAGCAUGGCGGAGUUUGCAGUUCACAGAAUCCUUCUUCUGGUUAUUUAUCUGACAAAGUGUCUAGAGGGUACAAAACUGCUGGCAGACCUUAAAAAAUGUGGCGACGUGGAAUGUGAAACUUUAAUAAGCAGAGUCUCAGCCACGAGAGAUUACAGAGGACCUGAUUGCCGAUACCUGAACUUCACUAAGGGAGAAGAGAUAUCUGUGUAUAUAAAACUUGCAGGAGAAAGGGAAGAUUUGUGGGCAGGAAGUAAAGGAAAGGACUUUGGAUAUUUUCCCAGAGAUGCAGUCCAGAUUGAAGAGGUGUUCAUAACUGAGGAAGUUCAAAUAUCAACUAAAGAAUCUGACUUUCUUUGUCUUCUUGGAGUAAGCUACACAUUUGAAAAUGAAGACAGUGAGUUAAACAGUGAUAAUGGUGAACAUAUAUAUCCAUAUGAAGAAGAUAGAGACCAAAAAUCUAAUUUUCAAAUAGAAUCUGGAUUUUAUAAAAUUUCUGAAAGUACUUUGUUUGAAGACCAAUUUCCAGCAUUAGAAAUCUUGGAAGAUGUCGGAAGCACCAGUGAAUCAAAAGACUGGGAAGAAACAGAAGCUGAAAAUGUGGAACAGGAGCAUGUGUCAGAAGAACAUCAUGUCCCACCAUCCUCAAAUGCGCCUGAAGUAAAAGGAUGGUUUGGAUUAGGACAAAAACAAGUUGAAGAGAAGGAUUUUGAAUCAAUUAUCGAGCCUGUACAGGAGAGCUCAUUUCAAAGUACAAAAAUAGCAGUGGAAGAUCAGAAUCACAUAGAGGAAUUAAAUAAUGGUGAACUCCAAACAGAACCUGAAUCAGAAUUUGAUUCAUUGCCAGUGAAACAUUCUGAAGUAGCAUCAGAGCAAAUUCUCAAGUCUCAAGACACUGGUUGGUUUGGUGGUGGAUUUACAAGUUAUUUAGGUUUUGUAGAUGAGGAUACGGGACUUGAAUUAUUGUCCAAAGAAAACAAUCCAUCACUACAAGAUGAUCCCAACUCCAUAUCACCUGAUGAAGAAGCCACAGUUCCAUGUGCAGAAGUAUUAACGGAAAAUGAAGACACAGUUGCUAAAAAUAGCUCAAUUCUCAGUCCAAGUUGGUUCGAUUUUGGUUUUGGUAUGUUAGGCUUUGCAUAUGCCAAUGAAGAUAAAACUACAUCAGGUGAUGGAGAAAAUGAAGAUAAUGGAGGAGAUAAACAUGAACCUUCUCCAGUCAGUGAAUUUGAACCUGAUAAGAAAAAAGAAAUAAAAAUUAUGGACACAGAAGACCAAAUAGACAAGAAGAAUGAUUUAGAGAAAACAGAUGAUUCUGAUAUGUUACCAUAUUUUAAAAAAUUCUUGUAUAAUUUCGACAACCCUUGGAGCUCCCAGAACAUUCCAAAGGAAACAGAAUUGCCAUUUCCCAAACAAAUUCUGGAUCAAAAUAAUGUAGCUGAAAAUGAUGAAACAGAAGACUUUUCAGAUGAAAAUGAUCUCAUAGAUGAUAUGAAAGUCUUGACAUUGAAAAGUGGAUACAGUCAAUCAGAUAUGGUCUCUAAUGUAGAGGUACCUAUGAGAGUUCAUGACGAAGUGCACUUCAAAACUCUAUCUUCAAAUGAUAAUGAUGAAAAAUCAAAACCAUUAGUAGACACUGAAGGGUCUGCACAGGUGAAAAUAGACAGAUCUGUGGGAAAUACCCUGAUAAAUAGUCAGAUGGAUUCAACUGAUAAUUCUUUGUCUUCUCCAAAUUAUAUUGAUCAAAAAGAAGAUUCUUCUGAAUUUCAGAUUUUGAAAUAUUUAUUUCAAAUUGACGUUUAUGAUUUCAUGAAUUCUGCAUUGUCAUCAAUUGCAAUUCUUACAGAAUGGGUUGUGGCAGCAUUGCCUGAAGAUAUGAGACCAGGUCCUAGUCCCUAUGGUUUUCCAUGGGAAUUGGCGAUGUGUGUGGCUAUUGUUGGAUUUCUUGCUGUUCUUUUAUUUUUGUGGAGAAGUUUUCGAUCGGUUAGAAGCCGGCUUUAUGUAGGAAGAGAGAGAAAGCUUGCUGUAGAGCUUUCUGGACUAAUUGAAGAAAAAUGUAAGCUACUUGAAAAAUUUAGCCUUAUUCAAAAAGAGUAUGAAGGCUUAGAGUCAUCUUUAAAGGAUCCCAGCUUUGAGAAGGAGUUAACAGAAGCACAAAGUUUGGAGUUUGUUGAAGGAUCACAACUAUCAGAGGCAACCUGUGAAGAACUGAACAGGUCCAAAUCUAAACUUGAGGAUGAAAUACUCUUUCUAGAAAAAGAGUUAGAAGAAGAGAAAUCUAAACAUUCUAAACAAGAUGAAUUGAUGGCAGAUAUUUCAAAAAAAAUACAGUCCCUGGAAGAUGAAUCAAAAUCCCUCAAAGCACAAGUAGCUGAAGCCAAAACAACCUUCAAAAUAUUUCAAAUGAAUGAAGAACGACUCAAAGUAGCAAUAAAAGAUGCUUUGGAUGAAAAUUCUCAACUUCAGGAAAGCCAGAAACAGCUUUUACAAGAAGCUGAAGUAUGGAAAGAACAAAUAAGUGAACUUAAUAAACAGAAAAUAACAUUUGAAGAUUCCAAAGUACAUGCAGAACAAAUUUUAAAUGAUAAAGAAAAUCAUAUUAAGUCUUUGACUGAACGCCUGGUGAAUAUGAAAGAUUGGGUUGCAGUUCUUGGAGAAGAAAUAACGGAUGAUGAUAACUUGGAACUGGAUCUGAAGAGUGAAUCAGAAAAUGGUGCUCACUUAGAUAAUCAGCCAAAAGGAGCCUUGAAGAAACUGAUUCAUGCUGCUAAGUUAAAUGCGUCUUUAAAAACUCUAGAAGGAGAAAGAAAUCAAAUUUACACUCAGUUAUCUGAAGUAGAUAAAAUAAAGGAAGAUCUUACAGAACAUAUUAAAAAUCUCCAGACUGAACAAGCAUCUUUACAGUCAGAAAAUACACAGUUUGAAACUGAGAAUCAGAAGCUUCAGCAGAAACUUAAAGUAAUGACUGAAUUAUAUCAAGAAAAUGAAAUGAAAAUACACAGGAAAUUAGCAGUAGAGGAAAAUUACCGCUUAGAGAAAGAAGAGAAACUUUCCAAAGUAGAUGAAAAGAUCAGCCAUGCAGCUGAAGAGCUGGAGACUUACAGAAAGCGAGCCAAAGAUCUUGAAGAAGAAUUGGAGAGAACUAUUCAUUCUUAUCAAGGGCAGAUUAUGUCCCAUGAGAAAAAAGCACAUGAUAAUUGGUUGGCAGCUCGAACUGCUGAGAGAAAUCUCAAUGAUUUAAGGAAAGAAAAUGCUCACAACAGGCAAAAAUUAACUGAAACAGAGUUAAAAUUUGAACUUUUAGAAAAAGAUCCUUAUGCACUUGAUGUUCCAAAUACAACAUUUGGCAGAGAGCAUUCCCCAUAUGGUCCCUCACCAUUGGGUCGGCCUUCAUCUGAAACGAGAGCUUUUCUCUCUCCUCCAACUUUGUUGGAGGGUCCACUCAGACUCUCACCUUUGCUUCCAGGGGGAGGAGGAAGAGGUUCAAGAGGCCCAGGGAAUCCUCUGGACCAUCAGAUUACCAAUGAAAGAGACUUGACCUCUGAUAGGUUAACUGAUCCUCACAGAGCACCUUCUGACACUGGGUCCCUGUCACCUCCUUGGGAACAGGACCGUAGGAUGAUGAUGACUUCAUCAGGCCAGCCAUAUACUGAUCCAGCUCUUCCUCCACAAAGACAAGACAGAUUUUAUUCUAAUUCUGGUAGACUGUCUGGACCAGCAGAACUCAGGAGUUUUAAUAUGCCACCUUUGGAUAAAGUGGAUGGGCCAGUGUCUUCAGAAAUGGAAUCCAGUAGAAAUGAUACCAAAGAUGAUCUCGGUAAUUUAAAUGUGCCUGACUCAUCUCUCCCUGCCGAAAGUGAAGCGACUGGCCCUGCCUUUGUGCCUCCGCCUUUCCCUCCGAUCAGAGGGCCUAUGUUUCCCAUGGAUUCUAGGGGCCCAUUCAUAAGAAGAGGACCUCCUUUUCCUCCGCCUCCUCCAGGAGGCAUGUAUGGAGCAUCUCGAGAUUAUUUUCCACCAAGGGAUUUCCCUGUCCCACCACCUCCAUUUGCAAUGAGAAAUGUCUAUUCUCCAAGGGGUUUUCCUCCUUAUCUUCCCCCAAGAGCUGGAUUUUUCCCCCCACCCCCACAUUCUGAAAGUAGAAGCGAGUUUCCUUCAGGGUUGAUUCCGCCUUCAAAUGAGCCUGCUACUGAACGUCCAGAACCACAGCAAGAAACCUGACAAUGUUUUCGGUCUUCCUUCAAAAAGAAUUUUGACAUCUCUCUCAUUUUCAGUUUUAAGUAACUACUGUUACUUAAGUGAUCAUACUUUUGCUCAAAUUGAAGCUUAAUGGAAUUAUAAUUCUCAGGAUAGUAUUUUGUAAAUAAAGAUGAUUUAAAUAUGAAUCUUAUGAGUAAAUUAUUUCCAUUUUAUUUUAGGUAGUAUAAUUAUUUUAACUUGAUCAACUAGUCUAUUACAUAAACAAUAAUGGGAAUUUUAUAUAUAUUAUCUUGCAGUCGGGGAUGUUUUAAACUCCAAAGGCUUGUCUUUAUGCCAAGAACUGUAUGUACUAUGGUUGUAGACAAAUGUGAAAGUAACUUCAUGCUUAAUUAAAUACAUUUUAAUUGAU